GUACUAAUCUUCAGAAUGGAGCGUGAUUCAGCUCCCCUCAUCAUGAUCACACCUACAGCUGACCCUACCCUACUAAACCCUCCUCUAUCCUCCUCUCCGCUUUAUUACAUUAGUUACAAUUUCUCUCCACCUUACUCUCCUACUAGAGAAAAACCAGAGAUACUGCUCUUUCUGCAGAGAUCAGCCAUGGACUCUUCUAAAGAUCGUGGAAACUUCGUGUAUGUCGCCAAGCUCGCAGAGCAAGCGGAACGCUACGACGAAAUGGUUGAAUCGAUGAAGAAAGUAGCAGAACUUGAUGUGGAAUUGACAGUAGAGGAGAGAAACUUACUUUCUGUUGGUUAUAAGAAUGUGGUCGGCGCACGCCGGGCGUCGUGGAGGAUCUUGUCUUCGAUCGAGCAGAAGGAGGAAUCGAAAGGCAACGAGUCACACGUUAGAAGAAUUAAAGAGUAUAGGAAAAGGGUGGAGGCGGAGUUGACCAACAUUUGUAGUGAUAUUAUGAGGAUACUUGAUGAGCAUCUCAUUCCAUCUUCUGGAGAUGUUGAGUCCAAUGUGUUUUACUAUAAGAUGAAAGGUGAUUAUUUUCGGUAUCUAGCGGAGUUCUAUGCUGAUACGGAGAAGAAAGAAGCAGCUGAUCAGUCUCUGAAGGCAUACCAGAUUGCUUCAACCGCUGCAGAGAGUGAUUUACCUCCCACCCAUCCUAUUCGAUUGGGUUUGGCUCUCAACUUCUCCGUCUUCUAUUAUGAGAUUAUGAAUUCACCUGAAAGAGCCUGUCACUUGGCAAAGCAAGCUUUUGAUGAAGCUAUUUCAGAAUUGGAUACCCUGAAUGAAGAAUCUUACAAGGAUAGCACUUUGAUCAUGCAACUAUUGAGGGAUAACCUCACUUUGUGGACGUCUGACAUUCCAGAGGAUGGAGAAGACCAGAAAAUGGAAACCUCUGGCAAAGCUGGUGGUGGUGAAGAUGCAGAGUGAAGCUGAUGGAGUCUCCUAAUUCUUCAGUGUGUGGUAGGAUGAAGGGUGAUUUCCCUUCAACUUUGUACUAUUGUUAUUUGAGAGAGGAUUUUGAGAUUUUCUCAUUUUUUGUACCUUAUUGUUUUCUGCUGGUGUUGAUUUGUUCCAGUCGUGUACACGUUAGCACGGUGAUUUGGGUUAUUCUAUUCCAAUCAUAUAUGCAUUAGCAGGAAGAUAUUGGUUAUUAUAGAGAUGGUCUAUUUUUUGUCUCAAAAAAUUGUUAUUUUUUAUAUAUUUGUCAACUAUGGUCAGGUACAUUUGCCUAAAAAACUUUGAGCAUUGAUUUAUAUGAGCAAAGGUGUCUGAGCAAUAGUAUUUUC